AUGCCGUCAAUGAAGCGCGCGCAGCCGUUUGCGGGCCCAGACAGCCUCGAUGAUGAAGAUGGCUCAAUAACACUCGUGGUAAAUGCCCAUUCGCGAAAACGUGCCCGCAGGUCUGAGACUGCACCUUCGGAGGGAGAGAGUGAAGCAAGCGAUGAUGAGGCAAGCCGGCCCGGUUCUAUCGCGCAGGCUUUGAAUGACGACGAGGAGGACUUAGUGUUGCGGAAUACACAAUGGAUCCAUGAGAAACACUCUUUCGCCAACGACGAGGCGAACGUCCCUGCGGAGCACGGUAUUCUCGAACGAGUCGAGUGCUACAAUUUUAUGUGCCACGAUCACUUCCAAGUAGAACUGGGCCCAUUGAUAAACUUCAUCGUGGGUAAGAAUGGCAGUGGUAAAAGCGCAGUCCUUACGGCCAUAACUCUCUGCUUGGGUGGUAAAGCUUCUGCCACGAAUCGUGGUCAAAGUCUCAAAAGCUUUAUUAAAGAAGGCAAAGAGAGUGCCACCAUUGUUGUCCGUAUCAAGAAUCAAGGUGAUGGAGCUUACAUGCCUGAUGAUUAUGGAAACUCAAUCAUAGUAGAACGUCAUUUCUCAAAGAAUGGCACGAGUGGAUUCAAGAUUAAAGCUGAAAAUGGACGCAUAAUCUCCACCAAGAAGGCGGAAUUGGAUUCCAUUAUUGAUUACUUCACACUGCAAUUUGACAACCCCAUGAAUGUUCUCUCACAAGAUAUGGCUCGUCAGUUUCUCAGCACAUCUAGCCCUGCCGACAAAUACAGGUUUUUUGUGAAGGGUGUCCAGCUAGAACAGUUGGACCAGGAUUACAGGUUGAUCGAAGAAUCUGCUGAUCAGAUCGAGGAAAAGCUGAGGAGCAGGGAGCAAGAUAUCAAAAUCUUGAAGGAUUUCAAGGAGACAGCGGAUCGAAAGUUGGAGAGGUCAGAUCAGCAAGAAUCCCUAAGGGCUCGGGUCCGAAAUGUCCGGAACCAGAUGGCUUGGGCGCAGGUUGAAGAACAGGAACAGCUCAGAGACUCCCUGGAUCACGAGCUCGCUCGAAUUGACGAGGACUUAGCGACUGCUGAGACUGAGUUGAGUGGAGUGGAUGUGACCAUUCAGCACGCCGAGAAUGAAUGCGCAGCUGCCGCCGAUUUCGUUUCGCAAGCCACUUCCAGGCUUGAUCAAGCACAGAGCGAGAAAAACGAAAUCAAGGCUAAAUGGGACGAACAAAUGAGCGAACGUCAUGACCUACAGGCCGAACAACGUCAAAUCAGGGAAUACCAGAAAACGACAGAGACAAGACUUCGUGAGGUCCAGAACCACAUCCAAGAGGAGAAUCAGCGCUUGGCUGAUCUUAGUGGAGGCAGCUAUGCUCGGAAAAAGGAGCAAGUCGAACAGGCAAAGAUUGAGGUUGCUGAUGCUCAGAGACACUUUGAAGAGCACCGUAAUAAUUUAAAUCAUUUUCAUCGAGAAGCUGACGAUGCUGAACAAAAAGUCAAAUCAGCCGCCGUCCCUGUAGGCAGGAUGAAGGCAGACGUUGAUCAGGCAGAGCUUAAUCUACGGAGCCUAACCAGAGAGGGAUCCAGGAACACUGGGUUCCAUGAGAGGCUGCCGGCCCUCCUCAGAGAGAUACAGGGCGAGCGGUCUUUUUCGAAGUCACCUGUGGGCCCUAUUGGAAAUUACGUGCGCUUGCUGAAACCCGAAUGGUCGUCUAUAUUGGAAAAUUCUCUUGGCGCCACUUUGAAUAGCUUCAUUGUGACAUCCAAGCGAGACAUGAAUAUGCUUUCAAAUAUCAUGCAAAGAGUUGGCUGCGUGUGUCCCAUCUUCAUUGGGAGUGAUGGCCAUAUUGAUACAUCAGAACAUGAGCCAGACCCUCAAUUUGAUACAGCCCUGCGUGUCCUUCAAAUAGAUAACGAAUUGGUCCGACGACAGCUGAUCAUCAACCAUGGCAUAGAACAAAUGCUUCUGAUUGAAAGACUCGAGGAAGCCUCAUCGGUACUUUUUGAUGGGCAGCGUCCAAAGAAUGUAAAGCGGUGCUACUGUAUCGACCGGACAGAUCGUCGACGAGGUAUUCAUCUUUCCUAUAGCCGAACGGGCGAACCGAGCCAAGCGCCGGUCCAAGCCUACAACGGAAGUCCACGGAUGAAGUCCGAUCUAGCAUCACAAAUUAGGUUACAGCGGGAUGUAGUAGCAGCCCUUAGGCGUAAUCUGAGUGACCAAGAACAGCAACUACGCUCUGCGCAAGCUCACUUAGAACGCUGCAAGCAGGCUAUCGUGAGGCACGAUCGAAGAACAAAGGAACUCCAGGUUGAUUUGCAGAGGCAAGAAGACCGGGUUGAAGAGCUCGCAGACGCCCUCGAGCGAGAGACUGUCAAGGACGGACACUUAGAUGUGCUGCGCGCCACUCUUCAAGAAGCUGAGGCAGAGAAGCGGCUGAACGAAGGAUCACGGGAGGACAGUGUCGCUGCUAUGGAUGCCAUGAUGAAGAAGCUGAAAGCGACCAAACAGGAACUCGCCGCGAAAGAUGCUGAAAUAUCUACGCUGCAAGAAGAGCUUCGGGUUGCUCAGAAUGAGGAACUUUUGGUCCAAGAGAAACGACGAAAAGCUAUCAGCGACAAGAAUAGUGCAGUGAAGCGAACUGGUGAUAUUAACUUAAACAGAACGAGGACUCAGCAGGAAAGAGAGAUUCUUGCGGCACGCGUCAUUGAAUACGAGGAGAAGGCCAGCCUGGUCUCACCACGCGUGGCCAUUCAUGAUGGGGAAACCGUGGCUACUCUAACCAAGAAGCUUGAGAGGCUCCACAGAGAUAUCGAGCGCUAUAACCAACAGCUUGGGGGCUCUCGUGAUGAGAUUGCUGCUGAAGCCGAAAAGGCUACUGCGGUGUACAAUCGCGCGCUCAAACAAAUCGAGGAAUUUAGGCUGUUGGCUGAUGUCCUUAAAGCAACUCUCAAACAUCGGAAGCACCGCUGGCAAAUUUUCAGAUCGCAUAUCUCGUCUCGUGCAAAGGCACAAUUCACGUACCUUCUGAGUGAAAGAAGUUUUCGAGGUCGACUUUUGACUGACCAUGAGGGUAAACUCCUUGACCUACAAGUGGAACCUGAUAUAACCAAAGAUAGUGCCGGUCGGGGUGCAAAGACACUUUCCGGGGGCGAAAAGUCGUUCUCGCAAGUUUGUCUGUUGCUAGCACUCUGGGAGGCUAUGGGAUCUCCAGUUCGCUGUUUGGAUGAGUUCGAUGUCUACAUGGAUCAUAUCAACAGGAAGAUGGCGAUCGACAUGCUUAUGCUCGCCGCUCGCCGCUCGAUUGGACGACAAUUUAUACUCAUCACCCCUGGGUCAAGAGCUGAUAUCACGUUAGCGCCAGAUGUACGAGUCAAAGAGUAUGUCAAUGCCCAUCGAUACGGUUGUUCUUGA